GCCUGGCAGCACGGAGGUUCGGUCGGCAGCCUGGGGUUUCUGCCGCUGCGCCCAGCAUGGGGGUGCUCGCGCGCCCCGCCGCGAGGGCGGGGGAAGAGAAAGCGGCGUACGCCUGAGGAGGAGGAGGAGGAGGCGGAGGAGGCGGCGGGGGGUCCGAAGGGGGCCCCCCUUGGGGCACCAGCGGCGCGGUCGGCGGCGAGCUGGGCCCCGGGCCGCCCUCGAGCAGUCCGGCGCGGCGGCGCGGCGGCCGACCCUGCGGAGAGGGCCCUUGCGCGGGCGCGCGCGCCGCGCGGAGGCCACCGCCGAGCUGAAAAAAAACGCACACGUCCGAGCGAUGCCAGGCAUCAGGCGCCCGGCGGUGCGGCCGUGGGAGGGCCGCGCGGCGGCGGGCGCCGAGCCCGCGGCCUCGGAGGGG